UCCUGUCUAUCUUCAGCUAACCGCACGAGCACAGUGACUCGAACAGAUCGCAGGCCUGUCUGCAGUACACACACACACACACACACAUACUGUACUAUCUGCAGGGACUUCGUUUCACAGCUUUGAUAUGAGGCUGACAAAUGGAUUUUAAAGCUGAUUCGAAGCAGAACGUUCUAAGGUGAACAUGAAGGUCCUCAAAAACAUUCCACUGACACUUUUUCUGGCAUAUUUCAGCCUGAGUGAAGGGAUCCAGAGAGCACCCAGAAUCACAACAUUGGUUGAGACAGUGGAUGCCUCUCUGGAUCAUAAUGCUACUUUCAUCUGUGAGGUUGAUUCAUACCCUCAAGCCGAUAUUUCAUGGACACGGAAUAAUUACCCAAUACGGUAUUACGAUUCCAGAUACAUUAUUCGAGAAAAUGGCCAAAUGCUGAUCAUUCCCAACGUGAAGGAUCUGGACAAUGGAGAAUACUGCUGCAUUGCUAACAAUGGAGUUGGAGAACCAGCCAAGAGCUGUGGAGCUUUACAGCUGAAGAUGAAGCCCCAAAUCAAAAGACAUCCUACGAACAUGACAUUGGUUGUGGAGUCCAAAGCAGUGUUGCCAUGUUUAACAUUAGGAUAUCCCAAACCAGAAAUAUCCUGGAUUAAAGAAGAUGAUUUGAUUAAGGUUAAUAGUCGUAUAUCAGUUUUGGAAUCUGGCUCCCUAAAAAUUAACAACAUCAAGAAAGAGGACGCUGGGCAGUAUCGCUGUGUGGCCAGAAACAGUUUUGGAAUCGCUUACUCCAAACCAGUCACUAUUGAAGUACAGGCUCCUGCCAAGAUUCUGAAAGUUCCCAAGGAGAAGAAAGUUCAGAUCGGAUCAGAGGUUACAUUAGAGUGUAAUGCCACUGGCAACCCAAUCCCAUCAAUAACUUGGCUUGAAAAUGGCAAUACGAUUUCAGGAGCGUCAGUGGAGGAGACGCUGGUGGAUGAAGUCAUACUCUCUGUCCUGCGUGUAGUGGUUCAUAAACCAGCUCUCUACACCUGUCAGGCUACUAACCAGCACAGCGGAGGAGCCAAUACUGUCAAAGCUACAGCAAAAAUAACUGUUUCAGAAUGGAGACUGUACAAAGGCAGCGCUGGCUAUUGCAGCACAUACAGGGGCGACGUGUGUCGGAACGUGCUCCGUCGCAACGCUCUGGUGUUCUUCAACUACUCCCUCCCGAACCCAGAGGAUGCGCAGGAGUACCUGGCUCAGAGUGUAUGGGGGGAACUGGACGGGGUCAGCUCUUUCUGCAGGCCUGCCGCCAGAUCCCUGCUCUGCCACGCCACCUUCCAGGACUGCAAUCCUUCGGGAAUAGGACCAGCACCUAAACCAGUCUGCAGGGAGCACUGUCUCGCAGUAAAAGAGCUGUACUGCUAUAAGGAGUGGCGUUCUGCUGAGGAAAGAUCUCAUCCCGGGUUCACACAUAGCAUCACUCUCCCAGAAUGCACCUCUCUACCCAGCCAACAAACAGACCCAUCCUCAUGUACUGCAGUUCCUUACGUUGAUAUCAAUAAAGAUCAAGUUACAUCAACAUGUUACAAUGACAAAGGAAGAUUUUACCAAGGAACACACAAUGUCACAGCAUCUGCCAUUCCCUGUCAGCCAUGGAACCAGCAGGAUCCCCAUCAACAUAGACUCUCUGUAGAUGUAAUUCCUGAGUUGCGAAAUGCAGAAAACUACUGUCGUAACCCAGGUGGGGAGAGUGACAGGCCAUGGUGCUACACCACAAACCCCAAUGUACGCUGGGAGUACUGUCUGGUGCCCAAAUGUGGAGAAGUUAUCAGUGUGAAGACUGCCCCUUCGAUUUCAAAACCAGUCCAGUUAUACCCACCCCCUCCUGUGUCCACGGCCUACUCAAUGAGCGUUAUCAUCUUCGUCAUUGCUGGCUUUGCUGGGGCGGCCUUCUUUACCAUACUCAUCCUCAUGUGCCACCGAAGAAAGAAAAUGUGGAAAAAGAGGAAAAGUAGGGUGCUGGAUACACCUACUCUGACCACCCUCCCCUCAGAGCUCUUGCUGGACAGACUUCACCCCAACCCCAUGUACCAACGGCUGCCUCUCCUUCUCAACUCCAAGCUCCUCAGUCUCGAAUAUCCACGCAACAACAUUGAAUAUGUCCGUGACAUUGGAGAGGGGGCUUUCGGUAGGGUGUUUCAGGCAAGAGCCCCUUGUCUUUCGCCGAUGGAGCCAUUCACCAUGGUGGCAGUGAAGAUGUUGAAAGAGGAAGCUUCAACCGAUAUGCAAAAUGACUUUCAGAGAGAAGCUGCACUCAUGGCUGAGUUUGAUCACCCCAACAUUGUUCGUCUCUUGGGUGUCUGUGCGGUGGGGAAGCCCAUGUGUCUCAUGUUUGAAUACAUGGCCUAUGGGGACUUGAAUGAAUUUCUGAGACGGCGCUCUUCAACCCAGCAGCCCAGUCUAAGUCGGGAUACCUUGACAUGCAGCAGUCUCGUGUCAGAACCUGAGCGUUACCCACCACUCAGCUGCCUGGAGCAGCUCUCCAUUUCCAAGCAGGUGGCGGGAGGAAUGGCGUACUUGUCAGAGCGCAAGUUUGUGCACCGUGACCUAGCUACCCGCAAUUGCUUGGUAGCAGAAAACUUGGUUGUGAAAAUUGCCGAUUUUGGUCUCUCACGCAACAUCUAUGCGGCUGAUUACUACAAAGCCAGUGAAAAUGAUGCCAUCCCAAUUCGCUGGAUGCCCCCCGAAUCUAUCUUCUACAACCGCUACACCAGUGAAUCAGAUGUGUGGGCUUAUGGUGUGGUAUUAUGGGAAAUCUUCUCAUAUGGCAUGCAGCCUUACUACGGCAUGGCCCAUGAGGAGGUCAUCUACUUUGUAAGGGAUGGAAAUGUUCUUGCCAGUCCAGAAAACUGCCCACAGGAGCUGUAUAACCUCAUGCGUUUGUGUUGGAGCAGUCAUCCCACUGACCGGCCUAGUUUUGCCAGCAUUCACCGCAUCCUGGAAAGAAUGCAUGACCAGAUGCUCAAAUCUUGAGGAUCUUUUAAAAAUGCAGUUUAACGAAUCAAAAAGCUGCAACUAUUCAGGAACUCAUUCGAAUCUUAAAGAGCCCAGAGGGAUCUUGAAGAAGGAUAAAACACUUUAAGGUAUACACAAGAGCUCCAGACAACCCAGAGGAGACCUAACAAACCUUAAAGUGCCAACAAAUACUAAAAAAACCCAGAGGAGCAUUGAGGAAAGAAGCCUAAAAUUAUUGGAAAGCUUGCAUACCUUAAGGAAUACUGAUCCCUCAAAGUCUUUGAAGAUGAAUGCUUGUGUUUGUUCAUAGGAUCUCUAUUGUUUUCUUUCAAUGAUGCAGAUGUACGAAGGCAUCAGACGAGAGAUAGUCAAGAUUUGAGGUGGUUUCAUAUUAACAGGAUCUCCAGUAAAGAAGGUCCACGUCUAAUACUAAGGCGGAUGUAGUGCAGUCACUGCAAGAACCUAGACUGAAAUCUCUGCAAGCAGAGACAUACGGUAUGAAUGCCUUUUUUUUUCUUUCUUGCUUUGGGUUAUCUACUUUGAGUUAAGUUGUGAGAGUAAUGUGCAUCUGGUUAUGGUUUUGUAACAUUCGUAAAAGAAGUUCAUUCAAGAACAUGCUAUAGUGCUGUAAACUGAAUAAUGUUGUUAUUGUUUAAUUUAAGUUUAAAACAUUUAAGUAGAAUAGCUUUUUCCAAAGUGGCACAUCAUCACUUUAUUAUUUUAUGUUGUAACAGAAUAGUUUAAUUUACUUUUUCACUAAUUGCUAUUCCAAGUUAAGAUGGUUAUUUGUUUGUUCUCGAUUAUAUUUGAUGUGAGUGAAACAAUGUAUCAGACAAU